AUGGGCAAGGGCAAGGGAGGAGGUCAUGGAGGCGGGGGCAAGGGUGGCAGAGGUGGUGGCGGGUGGAAGGGCAACGGGCGAGAUGGACGGCAGCAGCACAAGUACGGUGACGCCGGGUGGGAGGCCCAGUAUCGCCAGCUCGGCGACCAGCUACGCGCCCUCCAGCUCCGCAUCAAAUCCAUCGCAGGCGAUGGCACGGCGGUGUCGGACCAGCUCUACGGGCAUCCCAACAACUACGCCUCGGUGCGCGCUGCCGUGUGUCGCUACAUCGAGGAGCACAGACCCGACUACGAGCCCUUUGUCGAAGGCACGUACUGCCCUUCAAGCUGCGUUUAUCUGCGCAACAUGAAGCAGGACAAGACGUGGGGUGGCAACAUCGAGCUGCAGGCCAUGUCUCUGCUCUUCCAGAUCAACAUCGCCAUCCACCAGCUCAACUCGCCCCGCUGGGAGAUCGUCAACUUCGCCGGUGGCAAGACCAUCCACCUCAGCUACCACGAUGGCGACCACUACGCCAGCGUGCGUCCCAUUGGCGAGUCCGACACCGGCGUGCCCUCAGUUCAACUCGAGGCGGCGCGGGUGAAGGUGGUGGGGCAGGAAGACGGAGCGCCGCCCCCGGCAAGCAGUGGCGUGCCCGCAAAGAAGAAGUCGAAAAAGGAACUGCGGCUGGAGAACAAGGCCAAGAAGGCCCACGCACACGUCCACCAACGGGAAGCCAAGCACGAGUUACUCUUCAUCAUCAUCAUCAUCAUCAUCAUCUUCUUCAUCAUCUUCUUCGUCAUCGUCAUCGUCAUAUUCGACGCCAGCACCUUCAUAUUAUUCGACUGCAUCGUCGCCAACGUCGUCGUCAGCGUCGUCGCGGGAGGAGGCGGUGAUCUGAAUAUUACCGAGGGCGAGGCGACGGUGAUGGCGGCGACGGAUUGCAGCCUCGACGUGGCGCGCGCCACCCUCCGCGACCUGUACGGCGACGUCAUCCAGGCCGUUGAACUGCUCCUGCUCCUCGCUCCGCACGAACGCGAGAAGGUCGCCCUACCCGACACCACAAUGGUCUCCGGCGACAAAGAGAAGCUCAACGACGACAACAACGACAACGACGAGAAGCACGCCGAGGCCGAGGCCGAGUUUGACUAUGGCGCCUACACCGACUACAACGACUACAGCGAUUACAGCGACUAUAGUGGUGGCGCGGGUGCACGUGUGGAGGUGGAGGAAGAAUCGGCCGAUUGGCGGGACUACGUCACGCCCACGCACCACCACCAACGAGGCGGCGGAGCGCGGAGGCGCGGUGAUGCUCAGGAGGACGAGCAGAACAGCAAGAGACGAGAGGCCGAGGCGGCCCAACAACAGCAGAAGCAGAAGAAGAAGUCCGACGAGCCCUCGCCCGAAGAGCGGCUCCGCAUCCUUCGGGAAAAGCGAACGCUGACGAACAAGGAACGGAAGGAGAAGAACAAGCUCGAGAAGGACGUGGGCGACCUGCUCGACAGGAAGGAGGCCGCUCCAGCCGACGACAACUCCAGCGCCGAGCCGGACCGCCCGCCAGAUCUCGGCACGCUGGCCAUCUGA